AUGGCCUCCAUCAACACCCCAUCCAAGUCGAACGCUCCUCAACGCAGAGGGAGAAAGGCAGCUGCCGGAGCACAUGACCUCAACAUCAUCUUCAACCAAGCAAAACCUUUCCAAGAUCUCCUCCGCUUCGAGCACGAUCCUACCGAAAUCAACCCAGCAGUCAGCAUAGUACAAGAGUAUGCUCGUGCCGUACGCCUUCUUUACAUCCGAACAAGGUGGUCGAAACUAGGGCUCUCAGACUGGCACUCGGAGAUGAACAUCUUGCUUUCUGCCCGAGCUUCCACAUUCAUGGGCCUCGACGUAUGGGACCCGCUGGACGACUUCUUCGACACCUACCUCUUCGAAAUGGAAAUUCAACCAUCAGCCGAGCUCGACGCUCAAGGAAGAAAGUCCGUAAAGCGAGGACUCCUGAGGCAACUACAAGACACCGCGUCUCGGGAACUGGAAAGCUGCCACAAGGAGCUGUGUGAUCUGCUCGAGGGCAAGCUCUCGAACUGGCGAUCGCUGGACAGCAGGCUUCUUACGUUCAAGAAGCAGGUGUGGUCCGACUGUGAGCAGCGCGGAAGCCUGUGCUUGACUCCGGUGGACGAGAUGGAUGUACCGCUUGCAACAUUCGAUAUGGAAUCAUUGUCGUCGUUGAACACAGAAAGCAUGACUUUCACAUCUCCACCAGCAAGCGAAUACUCUUCGGCCAUGAGCACAAAUGGAAACGCAUACUACUCCACCCCCACCUCCAAGCGACCUUACAUCUGCUAG